GGGACAUUGCUUGCAUAUGCCGACAUGUUUUGCGGCUAGCUGGAGGUUGCGAGCGCAGAAUGACUGCCGACAUAUGACUUGAUAACCAAGCCGCAAAUGUUUUGUGUCGCCGCGGAGGAGAAACACGAGAAUCGGUGUGUUUCCGCCCUGCGAGAGAUAAGCAACUGAUACAACUUCUAAGACCUGUACAUCUCCUCCAAGUCGUCAGAUCGUCUCAGAUUCUUCUUACAUCUUGAAGAGGGACACAUUCUGUUUCCAAAAUAUUAUUUGAAAAAAGGUAUUUUUCAGAGUGACUUACGAAUGCGAUGGAGGCGACAGUGACUGAGACGUACACCAGCCUUGUUCCGAUCAGCGAGACAGGGUGGGACACAGAUAACAAUGAGUCGUCUUCAUCCUACUACUACGGGGGUCCGGAUCCCGAUGCCAAUGCACGCCGUAUCGCCGGUAUAGUCAUGGGUUCCUUGUACCUACUCAUCACGGUGGCUGGUCUUGCAGGUAACGGCACCGUCAUCUUUGUGGUUCUCCGCUACGCCAAGAUGAAGACUGUCACCAACUGUUACAUCUUGAAUCUUGCCGUGGCCGACGCUCUCUUUGUAACUUUCCUGACUUUCCUUGCCGUUUCUAGCUUCCUGGACCAACGGUGGGUCUUCGGCGCCUUCUUGUGUAAAGUGGUGUUUGGCGUUGACGGUAUGAAUAUGUUCAUCAGUUUGUUUUGCCUGACGGCUAUGAGCGUUGACCGCUACGUAGCCGUGUGUCACGCCAUGAAAUCACGCUCUUUCCGGAAUCUCCGCGUGGCCACCGCGGUAAACUCCAGCAUCUGGGUCUUAUCCAUCCUGGCUUCGAUCCCCAUCACCCAUUUCACCCAGUACCACGAGGCAAACGAAGAUCACCCAUCUUACUGCUUUCUGACCUUCGAACGGAGCCAGGCUGUAGCCAUGAGUCGGUAUCUACUGAUUUAUUUCUUCGUGGUGGGGUUUGUGGUGCCGCUAGUCGUCAUCGUCGCCUGCUACGCCAGUAUCAUGACCCGCCUGAGAGACAUGAACAAGAAGACCGGUAAACCUGAGAAGUCACGUAAAGUCAACCGGAUGGUCCUGAUUGUCAUCAUUACCUUUGUGGUGUGCUGGUGGCCUUUCUACGUUUGCAGGUUCAUGACAACCUACUGGGAAGACUUCCGUACGUGGUCGGGCACCUUGAUCGUGACAGAGAUGUGUAUGGGACUGAGCUACGUCAACAGCUGCGUCAAUCCCCUCCUCUACGCCUUCCUGAGUGACAACUUCCGUAAGAGCUUCCAGAAGGCGUGGUGCUGCCACAGAGACGGCAAGGGCGAUGUCAGUCUGGUCUCGCACGCAAGCCGCUGGAAGUUCGGUAAGAGUGGCGGACGGGGUAAACCCAAGAAAAAAGGCGGCCGGUUCCGCUUGCACGACGAUGAAGGGGACGAUGAGAAUGUCUCCGGGACGAACAAUCAGUACCCACUGACGGCCACCGCUGUCACCUCAGCUAUAUCUGAGUCCAACUACCCAAGGAACGGUGAGCUAGUUCAGGUACAGAUGGAACGACCGGCAAUCGCUAUUGCGUGAAACCAAGUGAUCAAAUCCUCCCCCGAAAUUGUAAAUAGAACUAUUUUUCAACAAACUUGCAUCGGCUUAAUUUCUUCUCGAAUUACUGUUUAAAUUUAACUAUAACUAUUGUCUCAAACUUAACUAUUUGUGGAAAACUGCACAGCUGAACAAUACUUUGUGCAUUCUGUAACAAAACUGAAAAAGCUAUGAAUACCACUGCAGUGACUAAACAAACGAACACAAACUCCAAAAUCGAACUCCACAGGUGACAUCCUAAAGCAACCAGUGCGUCCUCACUCGGGCAAACUUCUCGAACAGAUAGUCAACGGAAGGCCCUUGAGAUGGAGACCGCGAUCCCUUUUCAAGCACGCCGGAGAAGAAACACACAACUCAAGUGGAGCGGGAAAGCCAGCAUGCCAGAUGAGACUAACGAUUUACUGUCAGCCAGCGAGCAAGCGGACGCCGUCUGGGGUCCUCCACCGACGAGUAUUUAUUUUUAAUUACCAUAAACGGUCAUCGGUCUAGGCUCAGACUCUCUCUCAAGCUUCUACGCUCUUGCUCAGCAUUUAAAUCGAUUUCAAGUCCAAGGUUUUCCAUCGAGACGAAUAGCGGGGCCAAUUUACCGACUUGAAAUGAGGUUAGUAGUGAAUAUUGAUAUAAAACAUAAAGCAACUUUAUUUCGUCAGGUGAUAUUUAAGAACGGUUCCUUGCAAUAGCUGUAAACAUGAACCAGUGAAAUAAAAACGAAUAGUCAAUGCCUGUAUACUUAAGCAUAUUUUUGAAGGAACAAAUGUUGAAAUCAAAGACGUUAAUCCCAAUAUUAAAGACUAAGUUUCAGGGUACAGAUCCCUUUCACUUAAUUUAUCUAAAACAAUCAGCACAGAAGUCGUUAUUGUCAUCCAUGACACACUGUGGUAUUUCGAGGGACUUUUCUUUCGCUUUUGUGAAAGGUGCAAAACUUUGUUCAUGAGACUAGAUUGCCUAUAAUUUUAGCUUGCCAUAUCUUACUGUGUGUUUCCGCACCAUGAAGUAUAUCACAAUCAAAGUAUUGAUAUUGAGGCCUUCUCUUUAUGAUUUAUGGUUUAAAGCGAUUUUCUAACGACUCCUUAUUCGGGGACGUUCGUUGAAGCUCUCACUGUUCCACGAAUGCAGGGAGCAGCAGGACAGAAGCACCCAGAUUAUCUAACAUUGAACUAUGAUCGUAUAGCCGGCAUUUGUACGACUUUAAAACUGCACUAUCGAAACAUUUUCCCGCGAACAGUAAUGUGAAGGCAAACUUAAAACCCCUACUUCUCUGAACAGUAAGUUUUAUCAUUGGUGAGCCUAUCGGUCCUUCUCACGUACAGCUAUAGCAUCACCUGUUAAGAAAAUUAAUUGCCCUUGUAUUAUGUUGCAUGAAAAUUAUUGCGGCGUUUGUCUUGCCCAUGGACAUUAAAUAUCCGAAAUAGCCUGCUGGAUUCGAACACAAUGACCGCACACGUACAUUUCACACAGUGUCAGUGAGAUAUUAGAGCUAGGGUUGUUCGAAUGUGAUCACAAAUUUGGAACAAAAGUGAUACCUUCGAUCAUAUAAACCAUUACGAGAAUAGGUCAACUUUGUUUGAAUAAAAACACGGUUGAACCAAGAAACUGACAUGA